AUGUCGUCAGAACAACUUUCACAGUUUGAACAAGCUCAAAGCGCAUAUCAGACCCGGGCAGAAGACUACGACAACUCAUGGCACCCGCAAUACACUGCCCGAUUCAUGAGUCUCGUCGACAUCAAAGCAGGGGAUCGUUUAUUAAUCUUGGCCUGCGGCACGGGUCUAGAAGCGGUUAUUGCAUGCCCGCUCGUCGGUGAUGAAGGGAAAGUGGUAGGUGUUGAUGCCACAAAAGAAAUGCUCGAUGUGUGUCGCAGGAAGCAGGCGAAGGAUGAAAUUCUAUCUCGUCGACUCUCUCUCAUCCAGUAUGACAUUGCAAAUCUCGAAUCUUGUGAGGACAUUGAAAAAGGCUCAUUUGAUGUUAUUAUUUGUUCGAAUGCCUUCAUUUUGUUCGAUGACCCGGCGGGCAUUGUUUCUCGGUGGACUGAGUAUUUACGAUGUGGAGGGCGACUUGUCCUGGAUAUUCCGCAUGAGAAUAACCCCCGACAGGGUCUGUUCAUGAAGAAUGUUGUAGAACGGAUGGGCAUAGAAUAUCCGGCUAGUCGGUCUUGGAUCGAAUCCGCUGAUUCAUUCCGCCAUAUACUUGAGGCACAGGGUCUGGAGAUACUCCGUGUGGAGGCGCUGGACAAAAAGCCCGGCAAGGGACAUGUCUACCUUGGUAAAGAGGAAAUGGACGAGAUGUUUGACUACAUCACGCAGAUGCAGUUUGCCGGAUACUUGGCCGGCGAAGAGUUUCGAAAUAAAGCAAGAGAGCCGUUUGAAAAGGAGUGGGAUGCGGCCGCAAUGAGGGAAGGUAGCGGCAAAGUGAGAGUUAGCUAUGUUCUCUACGUGUAUAUCGCUCGAAAGCCCCCCAGAAGAACCAUCCACCAUGGGAAAAACUAUACGGCUACGGUGGCCCUCACAGGGAAGCACCAACCUCAGCACCUCGAUCGACACACACCACCGCCAAAACCAAGACCCCGAGGCAGAACGACCCGAAAAGUAAUUCGAAUGGUUCACGGGGAAAUUGAGUUACCGGAUGACGCUACGAUCGCUGAGAUCCCAGAAAUGACUAUCAAAUGCGCAGCAAUGAUUAACGAUUUCAAGGUUGAAGGGACGGAGGAUGUUACAUAG